AUGGCACACCAUCAGCAACAACCUAGAGCCCGGCUGCAGCGCAAGCGGAGCCCGACCAAGGCUGAAAUUGAGGGAAUCCCUCCCAAGGUGCCUCCGAAAACUGAACCUGCAGUGCCCAAGAAGGACAAGACCAGCCCGUCGCAUUUCUUUGGUCGAGGAGUUCCCAGGAACAGAUAUAUAGAAGCUGUCCACUCAACUUCUGCUCCUAAUCCCUCUCAUCUGCGGGGCGGAUCGACCUCGAACCUGUUGUUGGAAAAGGAGCGGCCGGCAGACCAGCUAGCAGAUCUCCCACAAUUCUCCCAAAGAUACCAUGACAAACGACCGAAAUCGUUGAAGAUACUAGGAUUAGAUGCCACGCGGCGACCAGAGAGUCCUGCGCCCGGGGAGAGCGAUGAUGUUCCACAAGACCUUGUCAUAAGAGAAAAGCCGUCCAAGAAGAAGCCCCGGGGGAGAGCAGGGCUUGACAAUAUUGAUAUUCCGGUUGGGAAUUUGCCGCCGGGGUAUUCUAUCCAAACAGCCUCCAUGCUGUUGACCUGUCAGGAAAUUGAAGAACUUCAAAGCCAGGCUCGGCGAAGGGGCCAGAGAUUCGAAGUUCUCAAAUACAGCGAAGUAUCUUCGCUCACACAGGAAAUGCAUACUCUCAAUAAACAUUGCAAAUACCUUCGAGACACUCAUGUUGCUCUUCGAUCAGACAGACAACGUCUGCAUGGUAGAGUGAUAUCAUAUCUCAAAUCAGCCAGCGGGGUCUCCAGUUUCUCCCCCGAGGGCGUCCUCAAACAAGAAGAAGCCUUGCUAGAAAUCGACCAAUCGAUAGACGAAUGGGCGACAAAACUCGAAUACGCAGAAGAGCGGCGAGCAAAGAUCCAACAGAAGCUAUUGGAGCACAUGGUCGCCAUCCUCAACUUACCUCAACCUGCUCCAAAGGAGCCCAGUCACAGCCGAAGUAUAAGCGAUUAUACCAGCAUUAGCGAAAAGGACAGCCGGCGAAGUGACCUCGAAUCAAUCAUAAUAUAUGCCGAUGCGGGACUCCAUCGAUCAAACACCGACAAACCGUGGAUAUGA